AGGAGGGUCCCGUUCGCCGUAAAGCCCAGGAUUGACCAGGAACUGGACAAACUAGUAAACCAGGGAAUUCUAGUGCCAGUUGACCAUGCUAAGUGGGAGACCCCUAUAGUCACCCCAGUCAAACCGGACGGGUCGGUCCGGAUUUGCGCUGACUAUAAGGCAACGCUUAACAAAGCGCUGCAAAAGAGUGCUUACCCCGUCCUGGUGGUACAGCACUUACUGCACUCAUUGGGGCAAGGGCAAGUUUUUGCCAAGCUAGACUUGGCCCAAGCCUAUCAACAGCUACCCGUAGACAGCAGCACAGCCGAAGCGCAGACAAUUGUGACUCACAGAGGGGCUUUUAAGUGCACCCGGUUACAGUUUGGGGUUAGUGUGGCUCCAGGGUUAUUUCAGAACCUCAUGGAGCGGCUAUUGCAAGGACUACCAGGGGUGGUACCAUACUUCGAUGAUGUAUUGGUAUCCGCUGAGAACCUAGAGGAAUUAGGGGUAAGGCUGCGAAAAGUUUUGGGCAUUUUCCGGUCUGCCGGUCUAAAAGUUAAACUGAGCAAAUGCCAUAUCGGGGUUGAAUCAGUGGAAUUCCUGGGCUACCGAAUAGACAGGGAAGGGAUUCACCCCACUGAGAGCAAGGUACGGGCCAUCAGGAAGGCCCCAGCCCCAAAGAACAAAACGGAGUUACAGGCAUUCUUAGGUCUGGUCAACUUCUACGCGGUAUUUUUGAAAAAUAAGGCAACAAUUGCCGAACCGCUGCACAAACUACUAGCAAAGACAGCUGUGUGGUCUUGGGGAAAGGCAGAAGCUAGGGCAUUCGAAGGGGUAAAGAAUCUCCUAUCUAGCGAUAGCCUCCUUAUUCAAUACAAUGGCACGUUGCCAUUAGUAUUAAGCUGCGAUGCAUCUCCCUAUGGGGUGGGGGCUGUGCUCAGCCACCGGUUGCCAAAUGGCACAGAAGCCCCUAUUGCAUAUUAUUCCCGAACCAUGUCAGCAGCUGAAAGGAAUUAUAGCCAGCUUGAUAAGGAAGCCUUGGCUAUAGUCUCCGGAGUAAAGAAAUUCCAUGAAUAUGUAUUCGGUCGUGAUUUCGAAAUCAUCACGGACCAUAGACCUUUGCUAGGCCUGUUGGCAGGCGACCGCCCAACGCCCGUGGCACUUUCGCCAAGAAUGACCAGAUGGACUAUCUUCCUAGCGGCAUAUUCCUACAAACUACUACACCGGCCGGGGAAGGAAUUAGGGCAUGCAGACGCCCUGAGCAGAUGCCCGUUACCAGAGUGGGGGGAUCGAGUGGUGAUCCCGGAGAAAUUGAGGGAAAAGGUAUUGGGGCUCCUUCACGAAGGUCACCCAGGGAUCGUGAGAAUGAAGGGUCUAGCGAGAAGCUAUGUGUGGUGGCCCUUAAUGGACUCGGAAAUUGCUGAAAGGGUAGGGAAAUGCCAGGCCUGCCAGGAGUCCAGACCGCUACCCCCAACGGCCCCGGUUCGGGAAUGGGAAAGACCCCAGGGUCCUUGGUCUAGGAUCCAUAUCGAUUUUGCCGGCCCUUUCCACGGCCAAACUUUUCUGGUAGUAGUCGAUGCCUACUCCAAAUGGCUGGAAAUCAUUCUCAUGAGAUCCAUGACAGCCGAGGCCGUGAUUUCAGUCCUACAGCACCUAUUCGUAACCCACGGGUUGCCAGACACGUUAGUCUCCGACAACGGGCCACAAUUCACGGCAACCCAGUUUGAGGGGUACUUGGCAGAGGAGGGCAUCCGGCAUGUCCUCUCGGCGCCUUUCCACCCUGCGACGAAUGGCCUUGCAGAACGUUCUGUUCGGAGCGGAAAAGAAGCAUUGUCCAGAAUCAGGCCAGGCGACUGGCAAACAAAAAUCGAUACCUUCCUGGCCGUCCAACACAGAACCCCCUGUGUCACAACUGGCAGAAGCCCGGCAGAGCUAUUAAUGUGUCGGAAGCUCAGGUGCCCACUAGACUGUUUAAACCCAAACUACACACCAGACGGUUACAAAGGGGUACAGGGUAAAACAAGAGGGAUGGCAGUAGGCGACCUAGUGUGGGCACACAACUACAGCGAGGGUCCGACCUGGGUAACAGGAAAAAUCCUAGAGAUAACAGGACCAAAAUCAUAUCUAGUAGAGAUAGAGGAUGGCCGGGUAUGGAAGCGCCACAUAGACCAGAUAAGGAAACGCAUAACCGGUAAAUCAGAAACAGACGAAACAGGCCCUGACUACCCAACGAAUGAAUCCACAACUGACUCAAACCCGGGGCAUUUCCAUCCAUUGUUUCUUGUACUGCCCUCUGGUGCCGCUGGCCCGUGGAGAAGAACUUACAAUGUUGAUCCGACCCGCAAAGAAAUUCAGUUUGACAUCCCUGAUCUAGCAGGAGGUUGUCUGUUUGAAUGCUCGGAGAACGGAAGCCAAGACUUGUUGACUGUGAGUGAAAACAAUGGCUAUGCUUACCUUCAGACAUCUGUAAGCUGUCAUGUAGAAGAUGGAACAGAAUUCUCCCAUACCGAAGAACUAGGGGCUUUGGAGAGACAUUGGAUCUGA